ACACACAGCAGGUCAUGUGCGCACCCAGCAGAUCUUUGACCUGCAGCUGUUCCCGCUGUGCCUCCUCCCCGCUGGUACCCCCUCACCACGCAUGCAGCAAAUCUAGGAUUGGGCCUGGAUCUUUUCUCUGCUCGAAAUCCAUGCCGAAUUCCCUCGCUGGUGGCCAGGCCCCCAACCCUACUCUGGCUGCGAUUGACCUGGCGGACCAGAGUCUGAAAAAUGCAGGGAUCUCCAGUUCUGUCCCAGGCUUGGAGGAGGAGGAAGGCACAGACCCCUGGGCCUUCUCUCACCUGAAGAACACUGGCCUACGGAAAGAGGUCAGCAUGGCCAACAGGCUCCACCGGGUGGUCAUCGGCUUCCUCAAGGCGUGUGGACUCCUGGGAAGCCUCUACUUUUUCAUCUGUUCCCUGGACAUCCUCAGCUCGGCCUUCCAGCUACUAGGCAGCAAAAUGGCUGGAGACAUUUUCAAGGACAAUGUGGUGCUGUCCAACCCUGUGGCUGGCUUGGUCAUUGGCGUCCUGGUCACAGUUCUUGUACAGAGCUCCAGUACAUCAUCCUCUAUUGUGGUCAGCAUGGUGGCCUCUAAGUUGCUGACCGUCCAGGGAUCCGUGCCUAUCAUCAUGGGUGUCAACGUGGGCACUUCCAUUACCAGCACCCUGGUCUCCAUGGCACAGUCAGGGGACCGGAAUGAGUUCCGGAGGGCCUUCAGCGGCUCGGCUGUUCAUGGCAUCUUCAACUGGCUGACAGUGUUGGUAUUGCUGCCGCUGGAGAGUGCCACAGCAGCAUUAGAGAGGCUGAGUGAGCUGGCCCUGGGUACUGCUAGCCUGCAGCCAGGGGGGCAGGCCCCUGACAUCCUCAAGGCACUGACGCAGCCUUUCACACACCUUAUCAUCCAGCUGGAUAGCAGCCUGAUUGCCAGCAACAACGCCACUAACAGCAGCCUGAUUAAGCAAUGGUGCGGCACCAGGGGGGAGCCGGGGAGCGGAGAGGAUUGCGGCACCUCCAACUCCUGCACAGAGAGGAACAGCACAGCAUCUCCAGAGGAGAGCAAGCUACCCUGCCACCACCUGUUUGUGGGCUCAGAACUCACAGACCUGGCUGUGGGCUUCAUGCUGCUGGCUGGCUCUCUGCUGGUGCUCUGUGCCUGCCUGGUCCUCCUGGUGAAGCUACUCAACUCUGUGCUGCAGGGCCGUGUUGCACAGGCUGUGAGAACCACCAUCAACGCAGAUUUUCCUUUCCCCUUUGGCUGGCUCAGUGGCUAUUUGGCCAUCCUCGUUGGUGCAGGCCUAACUUUCUUGCUUCAGAGCAGUAGUGUGUUCACAGCAGCCAUCGUGCCCCUCAUGGGGGUUGGGGUGAUCAACCUGGAGCGGGCCUACCCCCUCUUCGUGGGUUCCAACAUUGGCACCACCACCACAGCCCUGCUGGCUGCUCUGGCCAGCCCUGUAGACAGGUUGCUCAUCGCUGUCCAGGUUGCGCUCAUCCACUUCUUUUUCAACCUGGCUGGCAUCCUGCUGUGGUACAUGGUGCCUGUCCUGAGACUGCCCAUUCCACUGGCCAAGCGCUUUGGGGAGCUGACCGCCCAGUACCGCUGGGUGGCCAUCGUCUACCUGCUCUUCACCUUCCUGCUGCUGCCCCUGGCAGCCUUCGGACUCUCCCUGGCAGGGGGCUUGGUGCUGGUCGCAGUGGGGGGUCCUCUGGUGGGACUGGUGCUCCUUGUCAUUCUGGUUAACGUCCUGCAAAGGCACCGGCCAUCUUGGCUGCCACGCUGUCUUCAGGCCUGGGCCUGGCUGCCACUCUGGCUCCGUUCUCUGGAGCCCUGGGACCGGCUGGUGACUGGCUGCUGCCCCUGCAGGGCCUGCAGCAACUCCCAUGAGACCAACAAAGUGGCUCACUGCUAUGAGAACCCACAGGUCCUAGCUUCCCAGCAGUUGUGAAAAGUAGGAGCCAUAGUCCAUCAACCCAGCUCCAUUAGCUUCAGGGCAGUGGAGCCUGGCGAGACUGCCUGCCGGUCUUCCCAGGGCUCCACGUGGACCUCUUAGUCUCCUGCAUCAUCUUCUUUGAAAAUAAACGAGGCUAUUACUGAGGAGUGUUGACUUUCUCU